AAGAGGAGGAGGAGGAGGAGGAGGGUGACUCGGCCGUCCUUUCCCUCCCCGCGGGCUGACCCCGCUCGGGCAGGCAGGCGGGGAGGGCGGCGCGGCUGCGGGGCCGUGCCCGGCGGGAUGCGGGCUUAGCGGCGGCCCCGGCCGAGCGCAGGCCCCGUCGGGCUGCACCUGGCGCCGGGGUGAGGAAGGAGGGGGGAAAGCGGCCGCGCUCCUCCGCCCGGGCACCCGCCAUGGAGAAGCGAGGGGAGGGCGAGCCGCUCUCCCACCCUUUAGAGCCGGAGCCCGAGCCCGAUCCGCAGCCGGCGGCGCCGGGGGAGAAGCGGUUCCGCCUGUGGUACGUGGGCUCGUCGUGCCUGGACCGGCGGACCACGCUGCCCAUGCUGCCCUGGCUGAUGGCGGAGAUCCGCCGCCGCGGGCAGCGCCAGGAGCCCGGCGGCGCCCUGGGCAGCGGGGUGCCGGCCCGGGAGGUGCUGCUGGUGGUGGGUUCGCCCACCCUGCGCUGCGUCCCCGCCGGCCCCGCCAGCCCCGGCCGCCCCACCGGCCCCGGCCGCCCCGCCAGCCCCGCGCCCGCCGUCUUCAUCUUCGAACAUAAGGCGCAGCACAUCGCCCGCUUCAUCCACAACAGCCACGACCUCACCUACUUCGCCUACCUGAUCAAGGCGCAGCCCGACAACCCCGACUCCCCCAUGGCCUGCCACGUCUUCCGCGCCACCGACCCCAACCAGGUUCCUGAUGUCAUCAGCAGCAUAAGGCAAGUCUCCAAAGCAGCGCUCAAAGAAGAAGCCAAACCAAAUAAGGAUAGUGAAGAUGCCUUCUAUGACUCUCAAAAAUUUGAGGUCUUGUACUGUGGAAAGGUGAUGGUGGCUCACAAGAAAGCUCCCUCCACACUAAUUGAUGAUUGCAUUGAGAAAUUCAGCCUUCAUGAGCGCCAGCGCCUGAAGCUAUUAAAUGAGCAGCGGAAUAACGAGUCAAGUUUGGACUUACCCCUGUGUGAAGGAAAUGUGCCAGCAUCUCCAUUGGAUAGCCCAUUUGAGGAGCUGGACAGCCCAAAUAACACUGCAGGGCACGCUGCGAUGUUUACAGUUGGCAGCCAGACCAACUUGACCAACCUGGCCAGCACUCGUGGCUCAUUUCCAGAGCGAAUUUUAGAGGACUCUGGCUUUGACGAGCAGCAAGAGUUUCGCACCCGGUGCAGCAGUGUCACUGCAGUUAUGCAAAGAAGGGUUCACGACACAAACCUGAAAAUACAGCCACGCAGAAGACAUGCAAGUGCACCCAGUCAUGUUCAGCCCUCCGAUUCCGAGAAGAACAGGACAAUGUUGUUCCAGGUUGGAAGGUUUGAAGUCAACCUCAUCAGUCCGGACACCAAAUCUGUUGUGCUUGAAAAGAAUUUUAAAGAUAUCUCCUCAUGUUCUCAGGGUAUAAAACACGUUGAUCACUUUGGCUUCAUUUGCCGGGAAUCUGUUGAACCUGGGUUAAGCCAGUAUGUUUGCUAUGUGUUCCAGUGUGCAAAUGAGUCUCUGGUUGAUGAGGUAAUGCUUACCCUGAAACAAGCCUUUAGCACUGCUGCAGCUCUGCAAAAUGCCAAGACACAGAUCAAACUGUGUGAGGCCUGCCCUAUGCAUUCAUUGCACAAACUUUGUGAAAGAAUUGAAGGACUCUAUCCACCAAGAGCCAAACUUGUAAUUCAGAGACAUCUGUCAUCACUAACUGAUAAUGAGCAAGCGGACAUUUUUGAACGUGUUCAGAAAAUGAAGCCUGACAAUGACCAGGAAGAAAAUGAACUUGUGAUCUUACAUCUACGCCAACUCUGUGAAACUAAGCAGAAAACACACAUUCACAUUGGUGAAGCACCAUCGACCAUUUCUAACAGCACGAUUCCAGAAAGCACCACCAGUGGUGGCAGGUUUAAACUUGACAUUCUGAAAAACAAGGCCAAGAAAUCCUUGACUAGCUCUCUGGAAAAUAUCUUCUCAAGGGGAGCCAACCGAAUGCGAGGCCGCCUGGGUAGUGUGGACAGCUUUGAGCGCUGCAACAGCCUUGCUUCUGACAAAGACGCUUCGCCGGGCGAUUCCCCGCCAGCUACUCCUCCGGCGUCCCCCGUGUCCUCGACCUGGCAGCCGUUUCCCGAGGAAGAUUCGGACUCCCCCCAGUUCAGGAGGCGCGCGCACACCUUCAGCCACCCUCCCUCCAGCGCCAGGCGGAGGAUAACCUUCCAGAACGGCAGAUCCCAGAGCGUCCGGUCCCCGCUGCUGCGGCAGAGCUGCGUCGAGACGACAAGCCCUUUUGUAGAGGUUCAGUGCACUCUCAAAGAGAGUGGAUCUGCGUCACCUGGUCUCCCCUCCUCUGUCUCUGCCCCUUCUUUCCUGAAAAGCUUUUACCAGGGAUCAGGAAGGUUGCUCCAGCCCUCAGAAAGUGACCUCUCCAAGAGUGAUGGGGAGGGAAAGAAAAGAACAUCAACCGUCUGCAGCAGUGAAUCUCUAAAUGCUGUGGGGGAAACACUCACACCUCGCCGCAUCUCCUGGCGGCGGAGAAUAUUCCUGCAGGUAGCUUCACCUAUGAAUAAAUCUCCUUCCAAGAUGCAGCAUCCAGAUGGUCAUGAUGGAAGUGAAUUGUUACCAUUAUCCCCUCUUGCUCCACCCUUGGAGGAGGACCCUCUUGUUCUAGUAUUGCAAAAUGAGGAUGGUCCGGAUAAAACUGGAGAGAGGAAAAACUCAGAAGAACUACAAAGUCUGUGGAGAAAAGCCAUCCAUCAACAAAUUCUGUUACUUCGAAUGGAAAAAGAAAACCAGAAGCUGGAAGCCAGCAGAGAUGAGCUCCAAUCAAGAAAAGUAAAACUGGACUAUGAUGAAGUUGGUACAUGUCAGAAAGAUGUCAUAAAUGUUUGGGAUAAGAAGUUACUAAACUGCAGAGCCAAAAUCCGAUGUGACAUGGAAGAUAUUCAUUCCACUUUGAAAGAAGGUGUACCAAAAAGCCGUCGGGGAGAAAUUUGGCAAUUUUUGGCCGUGCAACAUCGAGUCAGACACAGACUGCCAAACAAACAGCAGCCUCCUGAUGUCUCUUACAAAGAACUUCUGAAACAACUGACUGCUCAACAACACGCCAUCCUUGUAGAUCUUGGACGGACGUUCCCAACGCAUCCUUACUUUUCUGCCCACCUGGGAGCAGGACAGCUAUCACUCUUUAAUCUGCUGAAAGCCUACUCUUUGCUGGACAAAGAAGUGGGUUAUUGUCAAGGAAUAAGCUUUGUAGCUGGAGUGCUGCUUCUACAUAUGAGUGAGGAACAGGCCUUUGAAAUGCUGAAAUUCCUCAUGUACGACCUUGGCUUCCGUAAACAGUACAGGCCGGACAUGAUGUCGCUACAGAUUCAGAUGUAUCAGCUCUCAAGGCUUCUUCAUGAUUAUCACAGAGACCUGUAUAAUCAUCUUGAAGAAAAUGAAAUCAGUCCCAGUCUGUAUGCUGCACCGUGGUUUCUUACACUGUUCGCAUCUCAGUUUCCAUUAGGAUUUGUAGCCAGAGUAUUUGACAUUAUUUUUCUUCAAGGAACGGAAGUCAUAUUUAAAGUAGCACUGAGCCUACUUAGCAGUCAAGAAACAUCUAUAAUGGGAUGUGAGAGUUUUGAGAACAUUGUUGAUUUUCUUAAAACCGCUAUUCCAGAUAUGACUCAGCCUCAAAUGGAGAAAAUCAUUACCCAGGUGUUUGAGAUGGAUAUUUCAAAACAGCUCCAUGCCUAUGAAGUGGAAUAUCAUGUUCUGCAGGAUGAACUGCAGGAAAAUGUGAAUCCCUGUGACGAAGGUGAACCCCUGGAGAAGCUGGAGAGGGCAAACAAUCAUCUGAAGAGACAAAACAUGGAUUUGUUAGAGAAGCUACAGGUUGCUCAUGCUAAAAUUCAGAGUCUGGAAUCCAGCCUGGAGACUAUUUUGACUCGAGAGAACAAAAUGAAGACACUAAUUCAGUCCCUGGAACAGGAGAAGAUAGCAUAUCAAAAGACUCUUGAGCAGAUAACGAAGUAUUUGCCAGCAGAAGCGUUGUCUGACUGUGAACUGCUCCUGAAGGAAGUAAACUACAAUCCAAAUAAUAAAAUAAAAUAAGGAGUAAGCCAUAAACCAGGGUUUUCUAGGCAGCAUUUAUUCAAAAAAAAAAAAAAAAAAAAGGGAAAGAAAAGAUGAUUAUGCUGCUUUCAAAGGACUUAGCAAUAGGCAACGGUAUUAUCCAAAACUAGUGCUGGGACACUCAUAACUACAGAUGGGCUUUGUCAGUAUGCAAAUUCAGGCUAUUAAUUUUUUUAUGAUUAUGUAAAUAAAUCACAAGGGGGAAAUAAAGGAUUCUCACAUGUAAUUAUGAUAAGUAGAUGUAUAUUUAGAGUUGACCUAAAGGAAAAAGAGAAAUUUCAGUAGUCAGAGCCAAGUUAAUGGUGAUCUAAAAAUUCACUCUGGAUGUGCUUGUCUUGUAGUGAAAUGAGGAUGCUGUGUCUUUAUAUAUGUGUAUGUUGAAUAAUACUUGAAGGAAAAAACAAAAAAGAAUGUAAUCUUCCCUCCAAAGAGCAGCAUGUUUCACAUCUUCUGUGGAAAAUCUAAAAUCUAUGUGAACUCAUGCGUGCCUCUCUUAAUUCUACUGACAUUGUGUGCACAGACCAAUAAGCAGAAUAAGUGUCAUGACUUGGUUCGUACAGAAAGAGCUCUAGUGCCAUCCGCUGCCUGGGCUGUACCGGUCAGCAGUGUAAUUCCACAUGCAUGUUGGAACUGGAAACAAAAAGCAUCAUGUCAUAGCUCCGCCUCCGUAACUCAGAGCUAAGAAAUAGUUAUCUAUACACACUCACAGGACUUGUAAAGGCAAGAGCUAACAGUGACUGCUAUUUCCUUCCCAGCCUGUUUGCUUCCACCUGUCCUGGGGUUGGUCUUGAUGAACAGGAGGAAGGCAACAAGGCUGUGGAUGGUAUUUAUUCUCAUGUUAAUUUUCCACAGGGGACUUGCUGUCAUAAGAGUUAGGCGUGUAAGAGGUUCUCAUUUAACCAAAGAAAUACUGCAAGAAGCCUUGUCUUACCGUGGUGGGAGCCAGAAAGCUGUUCUUAAAUUUUAUUUGAAGGGAAAAUUGAGGCAGGUUGCAGGAAGUUGAGCAUAAGUACACAACAGAGGACCAAGCAGGUUUCAAAUAUUAUGUACCUUUCAGUUUUCACAUACACAGUGGAUAUACAUUUCAAAGGGGAUUCUGAAGUACAGGUGCAGUUUUAAUAAUGCUUUCCAGGUUAUUCCUGUUUUAAUACUGCUUUGUGAUCUUCUUUUUAAAACAAAAGUCAUGAAUUUGUGUGUUCUGGGCGGAAGGUGAGGUAAGCUCUGAUCAUUUCAAGGGAGAAAAUAUGUUUAUAAAGGUAUAAAAAGAUGCAUAUAGAUUUGGAAAUGUUUUUGAGUGGAAUUUUUGAGAAGGCUUAGACAAAUGUGUAAUAGGCACGUAUUUUGGAGUGCAUGUCUGAACCGUUAAUUGAGUGUUACAGUGGCUCAUAUUGUCUCUUGCCGUUUAUACUGUAUUUCAGGAAACAAAUCUUUUUUAGUAAGAAAAACAGAUAAGCGAAGUGCCAAAUCCAGCAGUGUCUUUAUGCAUAAGAUUGUCUGAUUUAGAAAGCAAGGACUGAAUAUCACUGCUUUCUAGGUAUUAUGCUUUAUGUUAAUGUAAAAAUAAGGAUCAACGAUGCUGAUUUGCUGCACGCUGCUGUGGCACUUAGGGGUUUGGGAUCUCCUGGGUUUUAUUUUUGUUGUUGUUUUUUACUUCCAUGGUGUUUUAUUUGAUUAAAGAUAUUGAUUUCCUUAACAGUCUUUCUUUUUACAGUUGGGGUGAAAGGUCUUAACACUGUGUAUAAAAUUAUGUGGCAUCUGUUUAGAUAUUUCAAGAAUAUUAUCUUGUAUUAGGUGGGAAAAUGCCAAGUGAAAAGGCAGUUCUUUGCGGUUUUGUUCAGAGUAAGUUUUAGCUGGUGUGUACAUACAAAACCAAUCCCAGAAACUGCAGUAGUGUGUAUUACAAAGAAUCAAGGUUAUUCGGAUACAUCUAUUUUUUUUUUUAAAGAUGCACUGAAUGUGCUUUAUCCUCUAUUUCACUUAUAAAAUUUUUCAUGUAAUGCCUGGAGAAAUUCCAAUAAAUGUCAUUGCUGCAUUUCC